GACGACCGGAAGUACUUCUGUAGUUUCGUUGGCAGCUUCGCACAAGGAUCUCACAGCUGCUGCCGUUCUGAUUUUUCAUGACGUUUACCCCGUGGAAUAUGCCUUGAUUGUAGAGUGCAGAAGCAUUUGCUUUUAUCAGUUUUAAGCGUUAUUUGUAAAGGAAAUUAAUAGCGACACGCUUCAUGAAAUUGCUUUCCCCGGGCUGUCUUUACUGGAGCGUUAUAAGCGAGCUCGGCUAGGCCUCUGUCAGUAAAGCGUCGUUGGAGAAAAAUAAGCAGCAAACGAACGAAUGAAUGAAAACGAGGAGAAAAAGGAUUCUGGAAAAAGACGAGCGGAUAUUGAGGCUUCUGUUUUGGACGGAAGGAGAUUGCACGCCGUUGUUUAGAUCUCCUCCUUUUGGAGGUAUCCUCUUUAUGCAAUGGCAUCAAGCCACAGUUCCCAGUCUGUGCCUCAUCCAAGCAACAUUGAUAAUAUGUUUAAGAAGGAUAUGGAUUCUUCAAAGCACUUUAAACUCGUCCGAUCACUACCUGAUGUUUGUCCAAAGGAACCAACAGUAGGUGAUCUCCAUAGCCUAUGUGAUCCUCCAUCAAUUGUGGCAGAUCAACAUGAAUGGACUGUUUAUGACUCCAAAGUGAAUCUUCCUGCAGCAUUAAAUGAUCCAAGAUUGGUGAAGAGAGAGUCUGACUUUUUUACAAAAACUUGGGGUGCAGAUUUUAUAGAAAGUGAGGUUAUGCCAUCCCCUUACCUCCCAAAUGUCACCAAGGAGGACUUUGCAUCUUACCUUAAAGAAACCUCAAAGAGAGAAAAAAUUCAUGCAAGGUGCAAGUAUAUUUGUCCAGCUAAAGAUGAACUUGGCACUGUCUGCACUCUUUCAAACAACCACGAUAAAUCAAGAACUGAUCUGGAGCAAGUACCCAAGGUAUUCAUGAAACCAGAUUUUGCCUUGGAUGAUCCAUUGACAUUUAAUGUGGUGUUGCCAUGGUCUCACUUCAGUGGAGCAGCCGGUAAGGGCAGUCGAGUUGUGGGGUCUUCAAGGUUACUUCAAGAAAAGUUGAUCCACUACUUGGACGUUGUAGAAGUGAAUAUUGCACAUCAGAUUUCUCUGCGAUCUGAAGCCUUCUUUCAUGCUAUGACCUCUCAGCACGAGUUGCAGGACUACCUCAGGGAAACUUCCCAGGCUGUAAAGGUGCUUCGUGACAAAAUCUGUCAUAUUGAUAAUGUUAUGUGUAAAGAGUCUUUACAUAUUUUGAGACAAGCAAUGACUAGAAAAAACUGUGUUACGCUGUACAACAAAUUAAAGCUAAUGGCAACCGUCCAACAAACACAACCAACAGUACAGUUACUGUUGUCUACUUCUGAUUUUGUUGGAGCAUUGGAUUUAAUUGCAACAACACAGGAGGUGCUGCAGCAGGAACUUCAGGGCAUACAUAGUCUCAGGCAUUUAGGAUCGCAAUUGUGUGAGCUUGAAAAGCUCAUAGGUAAAAUGAUGAUAGCAGAUUUUAGCACAUAUGCAAGAAGAGAUCUAAGCAGAUCACUUGAAGAAGAAAAUCAAGUCCUAGAGGAGGAAAAGCUAGUAUGCUUGGUACUUGGAUUAUUAAAACAAAGAAAACUUCAUUUUUUGGAGAUCUAUAGGGAAGAAAUGAUUGUUGCCGCAAAAAAUGUAAUAAAACAGUGUGUUAUAAGCACAGUUUCAUACAUUGAAGAAAUAGAUCCUGAAGUUGUUGUGAAACUUGCAGAUCAGAUGAGAAUGAUGAACUUUCUUCAAUGGCUAGAACUUUCAAAGAACAUAUUUACAAGUUUUAUACACUUUCUAACCAGAAUUAAGGCAACCCUCAACGUCAUUAGAAGUGUAGUUCUGCUGGUUUUGGACAGAAGUCAGAAAACAUGCAUACUUGAUGGCACUUUCAGUAGCGGAAGCUCAGCAAAAAACCUCAUUGUUGAAUCUGAAGUAGCAUAUUUAACAACUGAAGGAAUGUUUUUAAGUGAUGCUUUUGGAGAAGUGGAGCAAUGUUCAUUAGAAACAGAUAUUAAAAACCAAAGGACUGUAAAUUCGGAACCUUCUGGCAGUGACUCUACUUCAGAUCAGGAAUGCACUACAGAAUCAUCUUCAAGCAGAGAGCAGUCCUCAUCUUCAGUUACUCCUGGAGGAGUGGAGAUAACAAUUAAUGAAGAUAUGAAGCUGACAGACCUCGAACUAGGAGGAAUUGCAGAUAGUAUUCAGAAGUUGCUUUACACAGCCUCUGAUGUAUGUCAUGACCGAUGUGUCAAAUUUCUCAUGGCAAGAGCUAAGGAUGGCUUCCUUGAAAAGCUAAAUUCAUCGGAAUUUGUUGCCCUUUCCCGGGCUGUGGAGGCCUUUGCUCAGGAAACAGAAUUCAUUUGUGGAAGAAAGAGUAUGUCUUUAAGGGUGGCUUUGCAGAGUCAAGCCAACAAGAUAGUUCACCGCUUCCAUGAUGAGAGAAAGACAAAGUUAAGUCUUCUGUUAGAUAAUGAACGGUGGAAGCAGGCAGAGGUUCCAGCUGAAUUUCAGGAUCUUGUAAAUUCAAUAGAAGAUGGGAAAAUAAGUUUACCUGAGAAAAAGACCUCUGGGUCUGAAGAAAGAAAACCAGCAGAUUACUUAAUUGUAGAUGGGCAGAAAUAUGCUGUAGUGGGGACAGUCCUGCUUUUGAUUCGUAUUUUUCUUGAGUACUGCCAAUGUGUGGAUGAUAUCCCAUCAAUAACUACAGACAUGCUGACACGUUUGUCAGACUUACUAAAGCACUUUAAUUCAAGGAGCUCUCAGCUUGUUUUAGGAGCUGGAGCAUUACAAGUUGUGGGUCUAAAAACAAUCACUACCAAAAAUUUAGCUCUUGCUUCACGUUGUCUUCAGCUCAUUGUGCACUACAUUCCCAUCAUCAGGGCUCACUUUGAAGCUCGUCUACUUCCAAAGCAGUACAGCAUUCUCAGGCACUUUGACCACAUCAUGAAGGAAUACAAUGACCACAUUGCUGAAAUCUCUGCAAAACUUGUUGCAAUUAUGGAUAGCUUAUUUGAAAAAGUUUUAACUAAGUAUGAAGUCAAAGCACCAAUGCCAUCAACCUGUUUUCGAAAUGUCUGCAAACAAAUGGCUAAGAUGCAUGAAGCAAUAUAUGAUCUACUGCCUGAGGAACAAACACAGAUGUUGUUCUUAAGGAUAAAUGCAAGCUUUAAGCUUCACCUGAAGAAGCAGCUGACUCGACUGGCUGUAGUAAAUGAUGGUGGCCCACAACAUGGACUUGUUAUGGCAGAUGUUGCCUUCUACACUGGGAAUAUACAAGCACUGAAGACACUUGAAAAUUUAGAUUUGAACAUGGCAGAGAUUUGGAAACAGAAGAGGUGAUAGUUACAUUAAGUCCAUGAGUAGACUAUAUCCUCCUGUGUCUAAGUAUUCGGAACUGGAUUUCAGAAGCAGGAGCCUUCAAUGUAGCAAAUGUGGCAGUCACAGCCCGUCUGAAGUGACCUGUGGAGAGUCAGAUCUUAGGUUGAUUUCAUUCCUUGCACAAGUACCGAGCUGUCCUUGUCAGUUGAUUCUUGUAGACUGAAAGACUUGGGUCUGUUUAAAGCAUAAAAGUAGCUGAAUUGAAUGAGCUCUCUUGUUGCUGAAGGAAAUUUCUUCAUCUCAUGUGCAAUUAUAGAUGAAUAAUUGGGUACAGUUUAUAAUAGAUUUUUAGUCAUGAAAAAUUAAAGUUCUGCACGGAAACAUUUUUUUUUCUGCUACCUUGCAUGGUAAUUUUAUUUUUUUACAGAUGUCUGUAUAUUUUUUUUUAUUUUGUGCAUUGAAAAUGAUGCAGUAAAUUAAGUAACCCAUCAAAAUCCAACUUUUAAAAUGAACCAAAUUAUAGAGAGUGUGUGUGUAUUCUUGCACACAAACUACUGUAUGUAUAUUCAAAUUAAUGCAUAUACAUAUGUAUAUAGAUAAGCAGAGUAAAUCUACAUGUAUAUUAAAAUAAGUAAAUAUACACAGAAUUACAUUCUUAAAUACUACUUGUUAUUUGUGUAAAUCAUAGAAACUAUAUGAUGUUUUUUCUUAACUAUUUCAGUCUUCUAAAAUUCUUCUGUAAUUUGGUUUAUUGUUAACAGCAUCUGACUAAAGAGAGGGACACUAAUUUUUUCCAGGUAUGAUUGUUCUUCCAUUAUGGUGUGUUUCAGUACAGUAUGAUGCAGUUUGCAUUCCGUAAUAUUUAUUUAGAUGGGUUGUAGAUUGACCUUGAGAAUCAAGUAUUACAGGUUAAGUGAUUUUUUUUUUUUGUAUUGCCACUACUGAGUAAUUAUGCUGUGAUUUGUUGCUAACACAAAAGUGCCUACUUACACAAUCAAAUAUGUGGAAAACUUCCAACAGAGGUUCCCAUUUGAGUGCCUAAUACAGUUUUCUGACGUAUGGAAGGACACCUUGCUGUGAUAGCAGACAAAUGAACAAGCAUGCCUGAGUUUUUAUGAUGAAAACUCAAAAGAUCAAGAACUGUAAUAAAUGAAUAAUAUGAAA